AUGGCAAGAAGAUGACUGAUCUAGAGCUAGAUGCCAACCGAGAGUUCAACAAAUUACGCAUCUCCAAACCAGUUCUCCUCACAAGUGUUCCUAGUGAAUGUCGUCGGAUCGGGUGGAAUGAAGUGGAUAUGGCAGAAGAAGAAAUAAGGGAAAUGGACCGAUGGACAAAGGAAGAUAUGGAGGGUGCGGGCGUUCAAUGUUCCUUCCAGGUGGAUUAUGUGAGGAUGAUGAGAAAACCUGUGGGCAUGAAUGCGAAGCAGAGGAUGAGCGAAGAUUCGGGACCAAAUUUUAAGCGAUUCAAAUCAAAAGAUGCGAGGUUCUCUUCAAACGCUCCGAUCGAACGGCCCGUUAUUCCAUUAGAGACCAUACGCUUGAAGGGGGUCGCAGAUUGGGAUUCACCUACUAAAAAUGUUUCAAGAGGUAAAGAUAGAGAAAAGGAAUCUGAUUCUGAUUCCGAGGAAGAAGCCGUUGGAUUUCAAAACCCUUUCAAUACGGGAAUCUCCAGUGAUAGCGACUCGUAAAGCGGCGUGACCUGCACAUAGAGGACCUGUGUGGUGUCAAGCGAGGAAAAUCGGGGUAUCGUAUUUAGAGUGAUUGUCUCUGAAAAUGAUGUGCAUGAUUGACAGGCUGGUAGCAAAAAGGUGAACAGCUCUUGCACAAUACCUUUGGAUUUCAAUUUUCACAUCUUUUACAAAAUCAGAAGAAUAGCAGGUGAAAUGGGUUGAAGAUGUGGUAUGUAUGUAUUUGUAAAACCUGAUUAUGAAAUGAUUAUGAAAUUUUAAUGGAUUG